ACAUGUGGGUGUUAGUUGAAUUCAUGUGAGGAGUAGGUUCAACAAAUUAUUGCCUCCAAAUUUUCUAUAAAUAGCACUUAUAUUUUUCAUAUCUCAUCCCACAUCUCAUCUUCAUUUCCUAAAUUCGUAAUUUUGUUUUUUUCAUCAUUUCAAUGGCGCGUCGGGCUUGGAGCGAGGAGGAGGAGGAUACAUUGUUAACAAACCUUACGAGCCUUGUCGAUCAGGGGGUUUGGCGAACCGACAACGGAGGGUUCAAACCUUCCUACUUGGGAGUUCUUACAAAUGAUAUGCGAGUUUCUUUCCCUCAAGCAGGUAUAAACGAAAUUCAUAUUGAAGCAAAGAUCAAGAAAUGGAAGAGUGAUUAUCGCAUACUGGACGCUAUGCUUAGGCGUCCUAGGUUCGGGUGGAAUCCAAAUGAAAACAAACUAAUGGUGGGAAAUGAAAUUUGGAAUGAAUUUGUCCAAGAUCACCGACAUCAGAGACAUUUCCGGGACAAGCAAUUUCCCCAUUUUAAUCGAUGGGCCUAUUGCUUUGUUUCUGAUGAGAACUAGAAGUUCGAAGUUUAAGGCGGGCAUUGGAAGAAUAAAUUGAAAGUUGUGAUAAUAAAUGGAUUGACAAAUAAAUUUGCAGCCUUCCUAAUGUAUCUGAAGUAUUUAAUUUUACGUAUGUGUUGUGAAAUGAA